AUGCUAGUCAGAACGCCUGUGGUGCUGCAAUUUAUGAGAAAUAUAUGUCAUCUUCGAAUGAAUGUUCAUCAAGACUUCUGGGUAGCAAGCCUCGUUGUGUCACCUUUGAAGUCAAUUACCAUUCCUCGUUUGAAACUUUGCGGUGCAGUUCUGUUGGUAAGACUAAUGAAAAGCAUAUCAGAAACCAUUCAACAACCUAUAGAUAAGGUGUAUUAUUUCACUGAUUCUUCAAAAGUGUUAGCAUGGAUUAAGAAAAAAUCUCAUCAACUAAAGACAUUUGUUGCUAAUAAAGUGUCUUUUAUUCGCAGAAUGACUGCUGUUAAUAAGUGGUACGAUGUUAGCACUCAUAAUAAGCUAACUGAUUUGAUAUCACGUGGAGCUGGACCUAAGGAUUUUCUUCAUAAUGAUUUAAUGGUGGUAUGGACCAAUAUUCCCGACUAA